GGGCCAUCCCGCGGAGCGUUCAAAUGAUUCUGCCAGAAAAUAUACCACAGUCGCGUGUUCCUAAGCGGUAACUCAGGAGCAGCAUCACGGAGUCUCAUACAGCAAUAUGUCCACCUCCAGAUUGCCUAAAAUCCCCGCUCUGCGUAAACAUCAACUUUCCCUGGAAUUUGCGAGCUUAACUCAUGCGGCCCCUCCAGGACUCUAUGUGAGCCCUGCUCCGAAUGAUCCUACUCUCUGGACGGGGGUUUUAUUCGUUCGUACUGGUCCAUAUGCUUCUGCUAUCCUCCGUUUCCAGAUCCGAUUUCCGCCUUCAUAUCCCGAUCUCCCACCUUUGGUGACCUUCUCUACCGAUGUAUUCCACCCAUUGAUCGUUCCCCUUACCACAUAUACCUUUAGUACAAACGCUUCGAGCGAAGAUCCUGUCAGUGCUUCAGACGAGGAGCGAUUACCGCCCGGCGGAUUCAGUCUCCGACAUGGAUUUCCCCACUGGUUUGGUCGAGGUAAACGAAAUGUGAUCAAUUCAGCGGACUCUUCGAGAGCCGUGAGUAUUAAUGGAUUCAGUACCGGUGGUGAUGCAGCCGGCAAAUACUCGGCUCAGAACCCAAACGACGCCUCUAGACCUACAUCUCCGUCGAAGAAUCAAGCAGACAAUGAGCGAGAGGAGAGUGCUACAUCAACUCCAGCAGAGAAACCCGUCCAGACAAGGGAGAAUGUCCCGGUUACUGCUCUACUAGAUUAUAUUCGCUCUACAUUCGAUGACGAAACAGUUCUCGACUCGUUGCCACUCGAAGCUGCUGGAAAUCCAAGCGCCUGGCAUGCAUGGAAGGCUCACAGAAAAGAUAGCAGCAACUCGACCUUUAAAGCUGGCACCAAAAGAGGAAUCCCGCAGGCGCGGCUUCCCGGCGAUUGGCAUUGGGAUGGGAUUUGGGCCAAGCGAGUCCAAGAUGAGGUCGAGGCGAGUCAUUCGGAAGCAACAUUGUUUGGCAAUGCGACACGAAGCGGAGGGGCUGAGGAUUCGAUUCGUUUUUCUCGGUUGGACGACGCCACUCUGACCUCAGUUAAAGAGAUGAUAAACCCACGGGUUGAAGAAGCGCACCAUUAGUUCGAUCCCUGCGAUUUAUACCCAAUUCAUUGUUCAUGUAUACAGGAAAGAAAUAAAUAUCUGUACAAACUCUGGCCUACUUGUUUCCUUAUUUGCCUACACCACCCAUAGGUACGCUCUUUCCCAAAUCAGCUGGUCUAUGUAUAUCUACGAUUUCUUGCAACAGGGCGGAAGGCUUCUCUUCAUCAUCUAUCCAUUGCCUACAGAAGACAUCCUCAUAACUCUUUGCAUACCGAAUACCCGCCGCAUCUAUCAGAGUAAAUAGACCUACAAGCAUGGCUAAUCAGUACGACACCUUUUUUGUCAUUGGACUGAUUUCUAUUCCGAUAUUCCUUAUCGGUGUGAUCUUCAUCAUGGCUCUAGCUCUUUCGGGGGCCUGCAGUGGU